UUAAUGACAGGAAAAGACAGAAUUAUAUUUGCGACCAAAGAGGACCAUGAGACACCAAGCAGUGCUGAGCUGGUUGCAGACGACCCAGAUGACCCUUACGAAGAACAAGGAUUGAUAUUGCCCAAUGGAGAUAUCAAUUGGAAUUGCCCGUGUCUUGGUGGAAUGGCUAGUGGUCCCUGUGGGGAACAGUUCAAGUCCGCGUUUUCUUGUUUCCACUAUAGCACGGAAGAAAUAAAGGGAUCAGACUGUGUGGACCAAUUCCGUGCGAUGCAGGAGUGCAUGCAAAAAUACCCAGAUCUUUACCCUCAAGAGGAUGAAGAAGAAGAGAAAGAGAAGUCAAGCAAAGAUUUAGAAGCUAAUUCUAUGGAAGCUUCCGUAGCCAAAGAGGAGAAGGGAUCUAGCUAAUGAAGACACAAGGAGGCUGUUGUCUCCAGUUCUUAUUUUUAUUUUCAGGUGUGGACUUUUGCAAGGUGUCUAUCUUUUGAGUCCUCAAGAAAUGUUUCAUCAUCGUUCUAUACACUGAAUCAUAACAAAUAAUUUAUUGCAGGAGGAGGAAUCUCAGUGCUACAGCCUUGCAAAUAAAUACUGCAAAAAGAAAGAGUAUGUGUAUGUACUGUGUAACCUGUAUGUGGUCACAGCCCAAGCUUUUAACAACUGU